UCUUCUCUUCUUCCUCCGGCGUGAGGGAUCGCGUUUAGCGGCUGCGUCCUGUCGCGUCUCUGAAUUAAGAGAGUUGUAAUUCAAAAAUCAUUUAAACGUUUCGACACCGUAGAGAGAGGGAGAGAGGACCCGCGACCAGCCGCUAUGAGUUUGCUGGCUAAAAUCGCUGAAAUCGAGUCUGAGAUGGCUCGGACCCAGAAGAACAAGGCCACCGCUCACCACCUGGGGCUGCUGAAGGCUCGGCUGGCGAAGCUGCGCAGGGAGCUCAUCACUCCCAAGGGGGGCGGCGGAGGGGGCCCAGGGGAAGGUUUCGAUGUAGCGAAGACUGGCGAUGCCAGGAUUGGGUUUGUGGGCUUCCCCUCUGUGGGGAAGUCCACGCUGCUGAGUAACCUGGCCGGGGUGUAUUCAGAAGUGGCAGCGUACGAGUUCACCACCCUGACGACCGUGCCGGGGGUGAUCCGCUACAAAGGAGCCAAGAUCCAGCUGCUGGAUCUGCCCGGUAUUAUUGAGGGAGCCAAAGACGGCAAAGGAAGAGGCCGACAGGUCAUUGCUGUGGCUCGAACCUGCAACCUGAUCCUCAUUGUACUGGAUGUGCUGAAGCCACUGGGGCACAAGACUCUGAUUGAACACGAGCUGGAGGGCUUUGGGAUCCGCCUCAACAAACAGCCGCCCAACAUCGGCUAUAAGAGGAAGGACAAAGGAGGGAUCAACCUGACUUCCACGUGCGUCCAGAGCGAGCUGGACUUGGAGACAGUGAAGAGCAUCCUGGCGGAGUACAAGAUCCACAACGCUGACAUCACACUGCGCAGCGACGCCACAGCGGACGACCUCAUUGACGUUGUGGAGGGAAACAGGGUCUACAUCCCCUGUAUUUACGUACUCAAUAAAAUCGAUCAGAUUUCAAUAGAAGAGCUCGAUAUCAUCUACAAAGUCCCUCACUGCGUCCCGAUCUCUGCUCACCAUCGCUGGAACUUCGACGAUCUCUUAGAAAAACUCUGGGAUUACCUUAAACUUGUCAGAAUCUACACUAAGCCCAAGGGCCAGCUGCCAGACUACACCUCCCCAGUAGUGCUGCCAGUGGAAAGGACGUCUGUGGAGGAUUUCUGUCUAAAAAUCCACAAGACCCUGAUCAAGGAGUUCAAAUAUGCUCUGGUUUGGGGUUCCUCUGUGAAGUACAACCCUCAGAAAGUUGGAAAGGAUCAUGUGAUGGACGAUGAGGAUGUAAUCCAGAUUGUCAAGAAAUAAAAACCAGAGGCAAAGGGCCGGCCCUUUCACAUUGUAUUAAAUGUAUCACACAAAGCUGUAAGUGAACUGCACUGGAGAUCAACCUUGUUGUGAAAGGGCCCUGGAAUAAUGUGACCCACACCCUCCUCACAGCUACACCUCCCUUUCUCCUCACUCUCCUAACCAUUUGGAAAUUCAUAACUUCAAAGACAGCAAGGCUAGCUGUGCCUAACAGAGAACAAAAGAGCCUGCAUGCAGCAAGGCUUCCUGUAAUAGAAACUGUGACCAUGAAACCCUUCGUGCUCUUCUGCAUGCUUUUUUUUGGGGGGGGGGGUUUUGAAGGGAGCAGAAUUUCAAAAUUGAGUAAACCACCAAACAUGUUUCAAUUGCAAAAAUUACUUUGUGCUCUUGUGGAGUUGUGCUGUAACAUUUGGUGUAGAAAUCAAGUUUCCUUUCUUUCAUUUUAACAUUGCAAAGUGAGGAAGAAACACCCCCACCCCCCCC